GAUGAUUGAGCUGGGGAUGCCAGACGGGAGCCUGAUCGACGAGCUGAUGGAGCUCACGGCUCAGAGCCUCUGCCACCUGGAGAUCAAGGAGCACUUCAACGUUGUCAAAGAGAUCGGUCGCGGGAAGUACGGCAAAGUGCUGCUGGUCACUCACCGCUUCAGGGGGACGCCGAUGGCUCUGAAAGUGAUGCCAAAAGCCUCCACCAAGCUGCAGGGCUUCCUGCGGGAGUACUGCAUCUCACUGCACCUGUCCUGCCACCCGUGCAUCGUGGGACUCUUCGGAAUCUUCUUCCAGUCUAAAGAGCACUACGGCUUUGCACAAGAGCUGGUGAUCGGCCGGGACUUGUUUGCGGUCAUCAAGCCAAGGGUGGGUAUCCCAGAGAGUGCAGUGAAGCGCUGCGCCCAGCAGAUAGCCAGUGCUCUGGAGUUCAUCCACGAACACGGCCUGGUCCACCGGGACAUCAAGCCCGAGAACGUCCUGCUGCUGGACAGCCACUGCUGCCGGGUCAAGCUGGCCGACUUCGGGCUCACCCAGAAGAGGGGCACCAUGAUACGCCUGAUCUCCGGCACCCUGCCCUACAUGGCUCCGGAGCUGUGCGCCAUGGCCGUGGAGGAGGGAGAGACUGAGACCACGGCGCCCCCGCUCAGCGUGGAGCCCAGCCUGGACACCUGGGCAUUCGGCGUGCUCAUCUUCUGCAUCCUCACCGGCUUCUUCCCCUGGGAUCGCUGCGCACCGUCCGACGACUUCUACCAGGAGUUUGCCGAUUGGUGCUGCCAGCAGCCGUCAGUCGCAGACGUCCCGUCCCAGUGGAGGAGGUUCAGCCCCGCUGCCCUGGAGAUGUUUAGCAGGAUGCUAGCCUUGGACGCCACCCAGAGGUGCUCACUGAGUGAGGUGAAGGAGUUUGUGGAUAAGGACUGGCUCAAAGCGGGGGGCGCCAAUGGACUCGUAGGAGACGGUAAGAAAGUCAAUGGCACCAGCAGCCCGAGUGUGGGGAGGUGCAGCCCUGUCUGUGAGGUGCUGGCAUAAUGUAAAUCAUUCUCAAGGUCUCCGUUUUUUAUAGCGUGCAGUGGUAGAGGGUGAAGGAGGGGAGGGAGAGAAGCACUGCGGAUUCCCCCUAGGUUGUAGUUCAUCUCAACGGGUUUCGGCACUCGUUUUACGGGGGGCUGUAAAUGUGUAGGCACCUCUUUGCUUGCAGCAGAUGGAUGGAGAAUCUAAGAGCUCUGAGGUCCUGUGGCCCUAAAGAGCCUGACCAAGGACUUUGUAUGGUCUCAAGACAUAUCCCACUCAUCGGGCAUUGCUUCUUGUAGAAAACCUGCCUUUCUUUUGGGCUCAGAACUGCGUGCUCAGUAUAUCAACUAGACAGCACAAAAUGUAAUCUUGCCCAUUGUAAUAUUAUAGAAACGACACUGGCUUAUCUGAGAACCAAAACCAUAUGGUUAACAAUAUAAUGAAUUGUCUUUGAGCAUGAACACAUUAUUUUAAGUUGUUGACAGUGUUCGAGUGGCAUUUAUAUAUAGGAAAAGUAACAAAAAGUUAUUACAACUUAAUUCUAUGUACAUAGAAAUACAUAGAUAACUAUACAAUGGCAUCUCUUCUGGCAAACCCC